AUGGGGGCAGCUGAGAGGGGGUAUAACACUCUCUACAUAGGUGGUACCGAUGAGUACGGCACCGCCACAGAGGUUAAGGCUGUGCAGGAGAAGCUUACUCCGGAGCAAAUAUGCAACAAAUACUAUGCCCUUCACAAAGAGAUUUAUGAAUGGUUUGAUAUAAGUUUUGACAAGUUUGGGCGCACCUCGACGCCGACACAUACACAGGGGUGCCAAUCAGUUUUCAAGAAGCUGUGGGAGAACAAUUGGCUUUCAGAGGAUGUGGUGCAGCAGCCUUAUUGUCAAGAAUGCCAAAGGUUCUUAGCCGACCGUUAUGUGGAAGGAAUCUGUCCGGCGCCGGAAUGUAAUUAUGGUUCUGCCCGAGGAGAUCAAUGCGAUCCGUGUCAAAAAGCCAAGGGGCCAGAGGUAUCAGACACGGUGUUUAACUGGGAGGAUCUGCAAGCCAAAUUAAACAACGAGCUACUGAAAAACUGGGAAAAUUUUGUUAAUCGUGUCUUGAGCUACAUCGUGAAAGAUCCAGGGUAUGGUUCCGUGAUCCCUGAUGCCGAGAAUGCUGAAUUACAUCCUCUGACUCGGGCUUUGGCGGGAAAAGUUGGUAAAUCGGUGGUUGAAUAUAAAGAUGUCAUGGAAAAGGUUAAGCUUAAACAAGGUUUGAAGAUAGCCAUGUCCAUUUCAACCUUGGGCAAUGGAUAUCUUCAGGAUACCAAGUUUUGGAAAUUUUAUAAGGAGGAUCGAGCUGCAUGCUCUACAGUUAUGAAAACUUCUGCUGGACUGGUAUAUCUCUUGGCCUCUCUUCUAGAGCCUUUCAUGCCAUCUGUCUCUGCGGAGAUACGAAAGCAGCUCAAUCUGCCCCCUGAGAAAUCGUUUUCACUUUCUGACGGUGAUAUUAAAAGGGCCGCAAGACCAUGGGAGAUUUUGCCUGCAGGUCACAGAAUUGGCACCCCUGUACCACUUUUUAAACGACUUGAAGAUCACGAAGUCGUUGCCCUGAGGAAACGGUUUGCCGGAAGUUGA